GUAUAGUGGGUUGCCUGACAAUUAUUCAAUUAUGCUUUCAACGACACAGUGAGGUUAUAGCGCCACUUUUUUAAUUUUUAUGGGCUUAAUUAUACACAAAAUAUGGCCCACAACAUUCAUGGAACAUUUGUUUCUGAAAAAGUUAAUAAAAUCCGUUGGAGGCCCGAUUUUAUGAAUGCCUCGCAUUAUUUUGUAACCGGCAGUUGGGACAAUGACCAAAACAGCAUCAAACUUUGGGAUUUCCAAGAAAAUGAAGAAGAUGCCGAAGUUUAUCCAUUUCUGGUGGCUGAAUUUCCACACAACGGGGACAUAACUGAAGUUAAAUUCUUAAACGGCGAUUUUUUCGUUGCUUCUUCGUCGUCGGGCUGCGUCAGUCUGCUGAAGAUUACUUCCGAACAUGGAAUUGAUCCCUUAAUUGAGAGAAAAAUUUACUGGGAGGGAGUUCACAAAUUUCCCAAUGGGGAGAAUUGCCCUUGCACUGCCUUUUGCACCUACGACAACGAUAUUGUGAGCGUUGGCGAAGACGGUUCUAUCAAUUUGUUAAAUGCCCAAAACCAAAACGUUAUCCGCACAAUUGAAAACGCCGAUAGUUGCUCAAUUCGUUGUGUGGCUUUUCUGAAGCAUAGCGAAAUUUUGACCGGUAAUUUUCGUGGACAAUUGAAGAUUUUCGAUAUUCGGGCCCCUAAAAGCCAACCCGCGACCACUUUCAUGUUGAGUGGGGAUCAAAUCUCGCCAUUGUGUCUCCAAAACCACCCUACACAGAGGCAUUUGGUGGUAGCUGGCGAUGAAGAAGGUUCGAUAACGAUAUGGGAUUUGCGCCAAAACACAUAUCCUGUGAAUGUGUUGGAUGCUCAUGAGGGAGGCGUUAUGGAAAUACACUUCCAUCCAGAUCAUCCUGACCAGCUAUUCACUUGUUCCACUGAUGGGGAUGUUUGGCAUUGGUCGCCUAAAUGUGGCAGUGCCUCUAGUUUGCUGAAUGGGGAGAAUGUUUGGUUGGCAUCCGAGGCUAUCAAAAAUAAGUUGGAUGUUUUUACGCUCAUGCCUAAAUUGCACAAACCAAUCAAUAGUCUGGAUGUUAACAGAAAUAAGGUUCUUUGUGGGUGCGAUAACGAGGCGGUUUAUUUAAUCAAUGGAGUUAAUGUUUUUAAGUAAUUGUUUUGUACAAAGUUUCUAAUAAAAAGUUGAACCACUA